GCAUGGUUGUCAGGAUAUCUGAAUAUGCUGGCAUUCGAUGAGAAUGCGCUACAUAAAUUGCGUUUAAGGAAACAAGAAAAAAGGACACGGGAGGUCUAUGCGCAUAUCAGAAUUAUCAUCGAUGAUAUGCUAAUCUAUCGUUCCAGUGUUUGGAAUAAAAGGUUGAUUAUAAACGAGCAACUGAUUUACUACCUCAAUCCCGACCUAAAGCUGCCACCUUGGCGUGGUGGUCGGGCUUUAGAGCUGCAAUUAUCCCGCGGGCUACACUGGCUGAAACUUCGUUCCACAAGGUGUAUCCAUGCCAGGAAGGCCAAAGGGGAGCAGCCAGACCAAGAGCAGCGAGACCCCGUACUACAAGUAAUCACGCUACGAGGCGGUUUGGGGAACACCACGACAGAUGAUGUAGAUGUCACAGAAACUUUAAAUAUGAGCUUAAAUGGAUGGCUUACGCAG